AUGGACCAAACUGUUUAUUUCACACUUCUGCUCACAGCUGUCUUCAGUUUAUCUGCAUGUGUUUCACGGCAGUAUUACUUUGUGAAUCAGAAAGUGAGCUGUACUGAAGCUCAGAGAUACUGCAGAGAGAAUUACACAGAUCUGGCCACACUCGACAACAAGAACGACAUUGAAGAGCUGAUGAAGAGUGUGGAAAGUAAUCAGGUCCUGGACGUCUGGAUCGGGCUGAUGAAGACCGUCAAUAAUAAAUGGAAGUGGUCUCUGGGUGACCCUGCGUUCUACAUACAACAUGAUUCACAGUAUCGAAACUGGGGACUGAAUCAACCGAAUGGCAGCUCAAAUGAAGAAUGUGUUUACAUGAAUGGGGAUGGAAAAUGGCACGAUGAUAACUGUAAAAAUAAGUCAUCUUUCAUUUGCUACAAUGACAGCAGUAAAGGAUACGUCCCUGUCCUCCAGACAAUGGUUUGGAGCGAUGCUCAGAGAUACUGCCGAGCGAAUCACAACGAUCUGGUCAGUGUGAGGAACCAGACUGAGAAUCAACAGAUCCAGCACAUCAUGAAUAAUAGCAGGAUCAAUAUAGUCUGGAUCGGUCUGUUCAGAGAUUGUUUGGAAUGGUCAGAUCAGAGCAACUCCUCGUUCAGAAACUGGAACCCUACUGAACCCAAUAAUUAUCAAGGGACUGAAAAUUGCACAGUGCUUAUGGUCAAUGCGAACCGGGGAUGGGCAGACUGGCCUUGUGAUUCCAAACAUCCCUUUGUCUGUCAUGAAGAUAAACUAGUUUUAAUCCAGAUGAAUGUGACCUGGAAUGAAGCUCUGAGAUACUGCCGAGAGAAUCAUGUGGACCUUGUGUCGGUUCACACAGAGCAGAUUCAGUGUCGCAUCAUGAAUGUGGUUAAAAAGGCCUCGACCGCUGCCGUGUGGAUGGGUCUACAUCACUACUGCGCCAUGAACAUGUGGAUCUGGGUGCGGGGGGAGGUCGUGUGUUAUCAGAACUGGGCUGCUGGUAACGGGACAGGAUUGGAAGACUGCAGGAAUGAAAGAAGAGUUGGAGCAGUUCAGUCCAAAGGAGAUCAGCGCUGGAUCAGCCUUCCUCAAACUCACAAACUCAACUUCAUCUGCACCAACUCUCAAAGUAAGAAUGAGUGA